AUGAGAUUCGUUAAGUUUCAUCAGUUCUGCACCAUAUCACAAAGCAACAAGCCAUUCUUCCCGUCCACCUUUCCCAUCCCUCCCGCCACCCUCUCCCACCACCCCUGGCAGUCGCUCUACUCCUUCCUGCGUGUCCUCAUAGCAGCAGCGCUCAUGGCGCGUCCUCUCAUCACAGCACGCCUGGACGGCAGCACUGCUGGGGGAACGGUGGCACUGCGGGUGGACGUGAAGGAAUCGCUGGCAGCGGCGCUGGGAGCAGCUGCAGCUCUCACAGGGAAUCUAGCCUCAGGCACAUCACAAGCGCGAGUGCUCAAGCUGUACGCCACGCUCUCCCUCAUGGCAUGCAUUGCCGCGCUCUUGCCACUCCUCACUGGCCCCCUUGUCUACCCGGAGAAGUGGUCGGCUGUGCGGAGCAGUGGCAGCAGCAGUGCUGAGGGAGGUCACAGCUUGGACCAGCUCUGGACGGCUGUAGCCACGGCAUGCAUUGCCAUAGACAUGGCAG